AUGAAUGACAUUUUCUCCGAUUCUACAAAAGAUCAGGCUAGCUCAACCACAGAAAAAGACAGCUCUGUUUCAGAUGUCACAUUUACAACAGAAACGACAACAAGUGAAACUUCUACAAAUACACCAGCCAGUCAGACUAGCUUAACGACAGAAAAUGACAGCUCAGAUUCAGAUGUCACAUAUACGACAGAGAAGGCAACACCAAAUGAAUUUCUUUCAAAUACAACAACCAGUCAGACUAGCUUAACGACAGAAAAUGACAGCUCAGCUUCGGAUGUCGCAAAUACUUCAGAGACGGUAAUAACGAAAGAAAAUGCUUCAUUGACAACAACAGAGACGUCAGAGACGACAACAACGAAAGAAAAUGUUUCAUUUACAACGACAAAUCAGACAAGCUCAACGCCAGAAAAUGACUAUUCAAGUUCAGAUGGGACGUAUACAUCAGAGACGACAACAUCAAAUGAAGUUCCUUCAAAUACAACAAUUAGUCAGACUAGCUUGACGACAGAAAAUGACAGCUCAGCUUCGGAUGUCGCGAAUACUUCAGAGACGACAACAUCAAAUGAAGUUCCUUCAAAUACAACAACCAGUCAGACUAGCUUAACGACAGAAAAUGACAGCUCAGCUUCGGAUGUCGCGAAUACUUCAGAGACGUUAAUAACGAAAGAAAAUGCUUCAUUGACAACAACAGAGACGUCAGAGACGACAACAACGAAAGAAAAUGUUUCAUUUACAACGACAAAUCAGACAAGCUCAACGCCAGAUAGAGACUAUUCUAAUUCAGAUGUGACGUAUACAUCAAAGACGACAACAUCAAAUGAAUUUCCUUCAAAUACAACAAUUAGUCAGACUAGCUUGACGACAGAAAAUGACAGCUCACUUUCGGAUGUCGCGAAUACUUCAGAGACGGUAAUAACGAAAGAAAAUGCUUCAUUGACAACAACAGAGACAUCAGAGACGACAACAACGAAAGAAAAUGUUUCAUUUACAACGACAAAUCAGACAAGCUCAACGCCAGAAAAUGACUAUUCAAGUUCAGAUGAGACGUAUACAUCAGAGACGACAACAUCAAAUGAAGUUCCUUCAAAUACAACAAUUAGUCAGACUAGCUUGACGACAGAAAAUGACAGCUCAGCUUCGGAUGUCGCGAAUACUUCAGAGACGACAACAUCAAAUGAAGUUCCUUCAAAUACAACAACCAGUCAGACUAGCUUAACGACAGAAAAUGACAGCUCAGCUUCGGAUGUCGCGAAGACUUCAGAGACGUUAAUAACGAAAGAAAAUGCUUCAUUGACAACAACAGAGACAUCAGAGACGACAACAACGAAAGAAAAUGUUUCAUUUACAACGACAAAUCAGACAAGCUCAACGCCAGAAAAUGACUAUUCAAGUUCAGAUGAGACGUAUACAUCAAAGACGACAACAUCAAAUGAAUUUCCUUCAAAUACAACAAUUAGUCAGACUAGCUUGACGACAGAAAAUGACAGCUCACUUUCGGAUGUCGCGAAUACUUCAGAGACGGUAAUAACGAAAGAAAAUGCUUCAUUGACAACAACAGAGACAUCAGAGACGACAACAACGAAAGAAAAUGUUUCAUUUACAACGACAAAUCAGACAAGCUCAACGCCAGAAAAUGACUAUUCAAGUUCAGAUGUGACGUAUACAUCAAAGACGACAACAUCAAAUGAAUUUCCUUCAAAUACAACAAUUAGUCAGACUAGCUUAACAACGACAGAAAAUGACAGCUCAGGAGUCACAAAUACGUCAGAGACGAUAACAACGAAAGAAAAUACUUCAUUUACAACAACAAGUCAGACAAGCUCAGCGCCAGAAAAUGACUAUUCCAAUUCCGAUGUGACGUAUACCUCAGAGACGACAAUAUCAAUUGAAGUUCCUUCAAAUACAACAAUUAGUCAGACUAGCUUGACAACAGAAAAUGACAGCUCAGCUUCGGAUGUCGCGAAUACUUCAGAAACGACAGAAAUUUCUUCAAAUACAUUAAGUAUUCAGACUAGCUUAACGACAGAAAAUGACAGCUCGGGAGUCACAAAUACGCCAGAGACGACAACAACGAAAGAAAAUACUUCAUUUACGACGACAAUUCAGACAAGUUCAACGCCAGAAAAUGACUAUUCAAAUUCAGAUGGGACGUAUACAUCAGAGACGUCAACAUCAAAUGAAGUUCCUUUAAAUAGAUCAAGUAGUCAAACUAGCUUGACGACAGAAAGUGACAGCUCAGCUUCGGGUGUCACGAUUACUUCAGAGAUGAUGACAACAAAAGAAACUGCUUCAAACACAACAAGAAGUCAAGCUAGCUCAACGACAGAAAAUGACAACUCAAACUCAAAUGUGACGUAUACGUCAGAGACGACAGCAUCAAUUGAAACUCUUUCAAAUACAACAACUAGUCAGACUAGCUUAACGACAGAAAAUGACAGCUCAGCUUCGGUUGUCACAAAUACGUCACAAACAACAAAACCGAAAGAAACUGCUUCAAGCACAACAACAACUCAAGCUAGCUCAACGACAGAAAAUGAUCAUUCAAACUCAGUUUGGACUUAUACGUCAGAGACGACAAAAUCAAAUGAAAUUCCUUCAAAUACAACAAUAACUAGUCAGUCUAUCUUAACGACAGAGCUUGACAGCUCACAUUCAGCUGUCACGUAUACGUCAAAGAGGACAACAACGAAAGAAACUCCUGAAAAUAAUACAACAACAAGGCAAGCUAGGUCAACGUCAGAAACUGAGAGCUCAGAUUCAAAUGUCUUUUUUACCCCAAACGCAACAACAACUCAUGAAACUGUCUCCUCUAACACAAACAGUCAAGCUAAUACUUUGACAGAUCAUGACACCUUAGAUUCAAACGUCACUUAUACUUCAAAAAGUCCAAAAACGGAUGAAAAUGCUUUCAAUAUCACAACAAAUAUUCAAACCACUGAGUCGAACAAAGUAUUCACAACAGAGUUGACAGCAACUGGUGGGAAUAUUACCGAGUUUACGACUAAGGCGGCAAUGACAAAUUAUAAAACAAACUCAACUGAGACUAAAUCACAGUUAGAGUCGACUUCCUCCGCCGCAGGAAAACUGGAAACGACGGCAGACGAGUUUGUUUUGUCCACGAUUACAUCAAAUACGACUGAAGAUGUGCCGGAGUGGUCACCUACUAUGCCUGCCGACGAAUCUUCAGGAACAACGUCCCCCGGGUAG